UUUGUCUUGUGAUGUUAAAGGAGGAUAUUUCGAUUGCUGAAAUUUUUGAAGAUCAACUAUCAUUGUACUGAUCAAGUUACUAUUCUCAAUUUCUCUUUGAUCUACUUGAAAUAAAAUGAGUAGACUUAAGUUUGUACUAUUUGCGCAUCGAUUAUUAUCUCCGACAUACAUUGUUGAUCGUACCCUUCACAUUCCAGCUCAUUUAUUUGUAAAUAAGAUUAAUGUUUUCUCGACACAAAUAAAACGAUUUGCCGGUCAUGCUCAUUGGCAAAAUGUGAAACAUAUCAAAGAAGCUGGUGAUCGUGAAAAAUCUCAAACUGCACUAUACUAUGUUAAGGCUGUACAGAAAGCAAUUAGAGAAGGUGGAGGAAUUCGUGAUCCAAAGAAAAACUCAAAAUUAGCUGCAGUUUUAGCUGAGGCUAAAUCAAAAUCUGUCCCUUUUUCUACCUUGGAAAAACAAUUAAGUACGGAUAAUCAAAUUGAACCGUAUAUAAUCGAAAUAAAGGCUCCAGGUGGAUUAUUUGUAAUUGUAGAAAGUCGAGCUAAACACGUUGCCAAUGAGCGUCAACGUGUCUGUUCUAUCGCAAAAAAAUAUGGUUUCUCUCUUGUUCCUGCUGGUGAUAUAGCCGACAAAUUCUUCGAUCAUAUUGGUUUAAUCACUGUCUCUGCUAAAUCUAGUAAGCAGUUAUUAGAUUUAGAUGCGGCAACUAAUUUGGGCAUUGAAAUCGGAGCGAAAGAAGUUGAAUUGAGUUCUAGUGAAGAUCAAAAUUAUCUUUUUCAUUGUGAAGUAAAUGAAAUUGAAAAUUUACGUCAAUCACUUGAAACUAUACAUCAUAUUCCAGUUAUCGAUACACAAGAUAUAUAUUCUCCUAAAAUAUAUGUUCCUAUUCAUCAAGAAGUACGUCAAACAUUAGAUGAAAUGUAUGAAAAAAUAAAAACUUCACUUGAAUAUGUUGAUAGAAUAUUUGAUAAUGUAAUCAUUGAUAAUAAUAAAAAAUGAAUAAAUAUUUAUGUGGAUGGAGUUUUAUUCUCUGAGCUGGAUAGUUUGAUCGCGGAGCUUUCAUCCUUCUUCUGAACAACAUCAUCAUCAGCAGCAGCACAAACUCCAAACAGAAGUCCUUCUGAAGUUUGUGCUGCUGCUGAUGAUGUUGUUCAGAAGAACGAUGAAAGCUCCACAACCAAAUCAUCCACCUGAGUUACAAAUCUUCCCCACUAUCUCAAAUAUUUAUGUAACUAUGUGAAAAAUCGAUCGAAAUCUAUAAAUUAACACCUUUUCCUAUGAAUAAAACUUUUAUACAAUAAAAAAAGGAUACUUUAUAUAUUUAUACAACAUUUUGUAUUAUACUUAUUUCUAAUUAUAUUUUAAAGGAAAAACAAACUUGAACCAGAUUGCCAAGUGAAAAAUUGAAUUGACUUGAAAUUCUUUCGUUGAGAUUAUAAAAAUACAACAUUGUUCUUAUUUAGAGUUGAAAAAUUUUUCAUGACUUUCUCUCUUCUUUGUACAUUUAUGUCAUUUAUAUUAAACAUAGAAUCAAAUAAAUAUCCUUAG